AUGUCUCGACGACCUCCCAACCCGGCUGCUGAGCGCGCCGCGAAGAAUACGCAGACGAUUAAGAGUCUGCUGAAAUUGGAAUGCAACAAGAUAUGCGCUGAUUGCAAGAGGAACAAGCACCCUCGAUGGGCCAGUUGGAACCUUGGCGUCUUCGUUUGCAUUCGAUGCUCCGGCAUCCACAGAGGCAUGGGCACCCACAUCAGCCGUGUCAAGUCCGUUGACCUCGAUUCCUGGACCGAUGAGCAACUGCAGAGCAUUCUGAGCUGGGGCAACGCGCGCGCGCAGAAAUACUGGGAGGCCAAGCUUGCCCCAGGCCACGUACCCUCCGAAGCCAAGAUCGAAAACUUUAUCCGUACCAAAUACGAACUUAAGCGAUGGGUCAUGGACGGUGGCAUACCCGAUCCCGCGACUCUCGAUGUUGACGGUGACGACGACGUUCCCCUGAGCAUUGUCAAGGAGAAGCAGGUCGUUGAGAGGAGGGAGUCGGUUCGCAAGGCGUCUGUCGGGAAGUCGGCAGCUCCGAGGAGCAUCCCUGCCCCGCAGGCCGACUUGAUCGGCGGUGACGAUCUGCCACAGAGGGCCAGCUCUGCCGGACCUGGCACCGGCAACGUACCACCCAAGGCGCAGCCGGCCCCCCCUAAGACGACGAGUACUAAGGAUUCGCUGCUUGGUUUGGACUUCUUCGGCGAACCUGCAGCACCUCCCCGCCCGGCCAGCACUACCGGUACUGGUGGCGCCGCGGCUGCCAACUCGCGCCCGGACCUGAAGCAAUCGAUUCUCUCUCUCUACGCCACAGCACCGCGCCCACCAGCUCAGCAGCAGCAGCAGCAGCAGGGCGGACAUGCCCAGCAGGGAUCUUUCGGCGGCAUGGCCUCGCCGACGUUCCAGCAACAAGGAUUCGGGCAGCAGCAGCAGCAACAGCAACAGUCUUCGCUGGGAGGCAUCAACGACGCCUUUGGUAACCUCGGCUUCUCCAACACCACCAGCUCUAAGCCCGCCGCGGCAGACCCCUUCGCCAGUUUUGGCGCUCCCCAGGCCAGCAAACCCGCAAACCAGGCUUCCUCGAACGCUUUCGGUGGGCUGGGUGGUGGCAGCUUCUUCGAUUCCAAGCCCUCCGUGCCGGCAGCCUCCUCCCACCAGCAGCAGUCUUCUAACAGCGGCUUCGGCGGCUUCGGGUGGUCGAGCUCGCCCGCACCGCCUGCCGCCAACCCUGCUCAAUCCAAGCCCGCUCAAUCCACCUCUUCCAUGGGCGACCUUUUCGACUUAUCCUCCCCCGUGUCGAGCUCGACCCCGCCACCCAAGGCGACUUCUCCUCCUGUCAACAGCACUUCUGUUUUCAACCUCUCCGCCCAGCCCAAGCCCUCUCAGCCGUCGCCGGCGCCAGCAGCCGUCUCGCCAGCCAUUGCUUCGUCCUCCAACUUCUCCGGCUCCGACGUCUGGGGGCUCUAG